AUGAUAGUGAAUAACUUAUGCGAGUCCUUCAAUGCCCAUAUUAAAGAUGCAAGGGACCAACCUAUCAUCACAAUGUUGGAACUGAUAAGGGAAUAUCUUAUGGACAGGAUCCAAAGAAGACGAGCUGCAAUGGAGAAAUACAAGGGCUCCACUGGACCUUUAAUUAAUGAGAUUGUUCAGACAAGGGUCAAGCAUUCAAGUCAAUUAUGGGAGGUUAGUGGAAUUCCCUGCUGUCAUGCAAUUGCUGCUAUUUUCAUGCGAGAAGAGGAUCCUUACAAUUAUCUGGAUCGUUCUUAUAGCAGAGGCCUCUUCUUCAAGAUUUAUGAGAAUGUUUUGCAGCCAAUUAGUGGUGAGGAUCAUUGGCCCUCAUCCACCAUGCCUGUGUUAGAUCCACCAAUACCAGUUACUCAACCUGGUAGGCUUAAAAAGGCCAGGAGAAGGGAUGUGUCUGAGGGGAAGGAUCAUGGUAGAAGGUUGAGGAGGAGGAUUGUCAUUCAUUGUAGAAAAUGCGGUGAGAUUGGUCAUAACGCAGCUACGUGCAAGAAGCCUCCCAAUGAAGAAGCACAACAAGGUUCUAACAAGUCAUCCGAGGCUCAACCGAGUAAUCAACAGAGGCAGCAAUCAGUAGAAAAAAAGAGGACAAACAAGGAACCAGGCCAGUCUUCUCAAAAUUUGCAACAACAAACGCAACAGGCUAGCGAUGAAACUGGACAGCAACAUCCACAACAGAGCCAACAACAUCAUCAUUCACAGCGAAGAAAAAACUCAACUACAAAGCCGCUUACUGAUGCAGAAAAAGGAGCCAUCAAUGCGAACUAUGCUUAUUUGGGUAAAGAACCCCCAUUCACAGUUGGCAACUGGAGGGGGAGAUGGAGUGGAAGAGGCAGACGCAGACGCAGAGGAAGAGGAAGAGGAAGACAAGGUGCCAGAGGAAUGGGAAAAGGAACAGCUAUUAGAAGAGGAACUCAGCCAUGA